AGCCGCAGCAGACAGCCGCGACGAGGCUGGGUUCGUUCGUGCGGAGCGUCCCGUAUCUCCGUCCGUCCACAAUGUCUAUUUACAAUCAAAUCCUUGAAAAUAAACUCAAGGAGCUCGCCAAGGGAGGAUCAGCUGUUGCCAAACAAGAGUUGUUGAUCCAGCAGAAGAAGCGUGAGAUUGAAGCCAAGCUUCAAAAUGCACAAGCCGCGCAAGCCAAGGCAGCCGGCGUAGGCCUAAAACCAGCUGCGCGAAAGCCCCCGCCGCUUCCGACGCCGACAAUAAAAACGGAGCCCGUCGAUCGAGCGGAAUCGUCUCGGGUGAAUUCUUUCAAGAACGAUGGCAGCUUUCUGGAGCAGUUCAGGAAAAUGCAAAGCAUGAAAGCGUCUUCGACCGUGGCCUCAACACCUCCGGGGCCAUCGGUGCCACCUGCUCCGACUGGUAACACCAGUGGUUCUCAGCCAGGAGGGCUAGUCAUCAAACUCCAAGCUCCAGCUCCCGUUAAGACCCUGCAGCCGUCUGCUGUGGCACCUCUGUUGGAUGGGGAAGAGGACGAGGAGGAGGAUGUCAAAGUCUCUUGUGCACAGGGCGUGCGCGGCGCCAUUGAGCGGGUCGCCAUCUGCGUGGCCGUCAACGGGCGCACCGCCGAGGAGGACGCACGCGUCGCCCACCAAGGGGACCCCGCCUACCGGUUUCUGGAGGCCAAGUCCGGAGAGGAGUAUGCGCAGUUCGAGCAGCGGGUGCAGGCGCUGUGUGCGGCCAAGCUGAGAGCACAGCAGGACGGGGCAUUGCCCCUCUCCAGCCGCCUGGACGCUGCGCCGUCAGAGGGCGGCCCGCGCAAGCGCAAGCGGCAGAGCCGGUGGGCGCCCUCGGACAACUCCUCCUCUUCCUCGUCCUUUACGGACGCCCUGGAGGACGCUGCUCCUGCGGAGCUGCCUUCCUUCGUGCAGUCGGAUCCGGGACUCAUAGCAUACGCCAAGCAGGUCUUCAGCUCGACAGACCUCAGCCUGGACCAGUGGAAGCAGCUGGAGGAUCAGCGCAAGAUGCGUGCCCUGUUCGAGAUGAUGCAGGCCAAGAAGCGUGCCCAGGAGGCACGGGCAGUGUCGGGGAACGUGCAGUACGAGUACGACUCUGACGAGGAGACGGACGGUGGCACGUGGGAACACAAGAAGCGAGCCAAGGAGAUGGAAAAGACCAGGGCUCGUGCGGACGAGCUGACGGUGAUGGGCAAGGGCAAACACCACAUCGGGGACUUCCUGCCGCCGGAGGAGCUGGAGCGCUUCAUGGAGAAGUACGACGCCCUGAAAGAGGGACGGCCCCCGGACCUGUCGGACUACCGGGAGUUCAAGCUGACGGAGCAAAAUGUGGGCUACCAGAUGCUCCAGAGGCUCGGCUGGGCCGAGGGGCAGGGCCUGGGUACAGAUGGAGCCGGCAUCACCGCCCCGGUCAACAAGGGCCUCCAACCGGUGGACAAUGCCGGACUGGGCCAGGGUCGACCGGACGACGUGUCCGCCGGGGACGACGAGUACGAGGCGUACCGCAAGCGCAUGAUGCUGGCGUACCGGUUCCGGCCCAAUCCCCUGAACAACCCGAGACGGCCGUACUACUGACGGUGGCUGAGGGAAUCCUUCAGCUUUUUAGUUUCAUUCAUAUCUGUAAAUAAAAGUUUACGAGAUGCUUCA